AUGUCUGGCGGACAAGACCCACUGGCCUACGGUCGCUUUUAUGGAGACGAAGCAGAAGGAGGAGAACGGGGAGAACGAGGACUGGGAGACUCAGCUCGAGGAUUUCUGUCUGAUGGACUGAAGCGACUCAAAGAUCAAUACGGAACAAGCCACUCCCAGCAACAACAGAAUUAUUAUGCCCCGCAGUCGAACCAGAGUGGAAGCAACAACAACGACAACAACAACAACAACAAACCUCCCAAGCAGGACAAGCUCUCCAGCUUCCUCGACAAAUUCGAAGAGACCGUAUCCGGUGUGGGCUCACAGCUCGCCCAAAAGAUCGGAACCACCAUCGAUGCUGAUGCCUAUGCUGGCUACGGAUCGAGCAGUACUGCCAACCCCAAUAAUCGUUUCGGCAGCUUUGCCCCCCCACGAGAGAACAACGACGUCAAAUGGCAUGUCGACGGCUUUACUUAUUUCUGGGCAGUCUCGAGAGCUCUCGAGACUGCCAGAGAGUCUAUCUGGAUUCUGGACUGGUGGCUCUCCCCGGAAUUGUAUCUAAGACGUCCUCCAGCCAAGAACGAACAGUAUCGCCUUGACCGUAUGCUGCAAGCUGCUGCCCAGCGCGGCGUCCGAGUCAAUAUUAUUGUCUAUAAGGAGGUGGAGGGAGCUCUUACUUUAAGUUCUGCACAUACCAAACAUACACUAGAAGCCCUCCAUCCAAAUAUCGCCGUCUUCCGCCAUCCAGACCACAUCCCAGACGUCGCCGACAUCAAGAACUCCCUGACAGCCUCGUUCCAAAACUUAACUUUGGAUGCCGCUGGAAUCAACAAGCUACCGGGCGAAUCACUCAAGGCACUCUACGGUACCAAGGGUGAUACUGUUCUGUACUGGGCACACCACGAGAAGCUAUGUCUGAUUGACGGUAGAAUUGCGUUCAUGGGCGGCCUUGAUCUGUGCUUCGGCCGAUGGGACACAAACCAGCAUUCCAUUGCCGACGUUCAUCCCAGCGAUUUAUCGCAAAUCGUCUUUCCUGGUCAAGACUACAACAACGCCAGAGUACUCGACUUCCAGAAUGUAUCUCACUGGCAAGAAAAUCAAGUUGACAGGAAGCAAACGGGACGUAUGGGCUGGUCUGAUAUUUCCAUUAGUCUGCGGGGCCCUGUCGUGGAAGAUCUCCGAAGACAUUUUGUGGACCGCUGGAACUAUAUCUAUGAUACAAAGUACCGCGACCGUAACCAGCCCAAGUAUCAGAGACUUGAUUUGUAUCGACGACCAGGAAGCAAUCAACUACAGGGCAACACAAAUCCCACUUCGCAAACACCGCAGCCACUUCAACAUGCGCAGUCUCAGCCAGGACCACCAAACCAAGGCCAGCUGAAUUCUGAGCCUCACUGGCAGCAGACGCAUGCUCAACCCCCUACACCGCAGCCAGGGCAAUCAUACUAUCCACCACCCCCUGGAAGCCAAGCGCAGCAGUAUCCCGGGCAGCAAUACAACACUCCGCCUCCUGGACAACAGUAUUACCCUCCUGCUUCUCCCAGUCAAGGCCAACAGCUACCACCUCCGCCGCCGAGCACUCAGCAGCAGCAGCCACAAUGGCAAGGUCAGUCGCAGACUGGCAGUCAAUCCUACUACCCGCCUCCGCCUCCAAGUCAGGAACAUCAGCAACACCAACAUCCAUCCUAUAGCGGAUACUCGAGCACUGGAAGCAAUCCACCGGCGGGGCAAUCCUUCCCCCCACCACCUCCAGGGCCAGCGCCAUCGCAAAGUGAUAACAAUAAUCCUGGCCAGUAUCAGAACCCUCCUUAUGCUCCUUCCCAUUUAGGCUACGAUUCUGCGCAAUAUAGUUCUCAUCCAUCAACACCAGCGCAGGCGCCCUACUUUCCUCCACCUCCUGGACAGGAGUCACAGUCACAGACACGGGGUGUUUAUGAAGAAAACAGCACUCGAGGGGUUGGUGGUAACCAGUCCGGCUACAACGCAUCAGGCCGAUCUACCACCGAGAAUGUUCUAAGCGACGUUCGAGGUUUAGGUCAUUCCCUUCGUGGGCAGUUGGCUGGACAAGUCCAUCAAUAUCAGGACCGCUAUAUCACCAAUUUCGGACGCAACUACGGCAAUCAAUUGUGCCAGGUCGUGCGAAGUGCGUCGCAGUGGAGCGCAGGUAUAUCGACGGAGCAUUCGAUUCAAGACGCGUAUAUUGGUGCUAUCCGCAACAGCCGCCAUUUUGUGUACAUCGAGAAUCAGUUCUUCAUAACUGCCACAGGUGACCAUCAGAAGCCUGUCCAGAAUAAGAUCGGAGCGGCUCUUGUAGAACGUAUUCUUCGAGCUGCCCGCGCUGGUCAGAAGUUCAAGGUUAUUGUGGUCAUUCCAUCUGUUCCCGGAUUUGCGGGUGAUUUGCGAGACGACUCGUCCCUUGGCACUCGGGCUAUCAUGGAGUUCCAGUACAAUUCAAUCAACCGCGGAGGAAACAGUAUUAUGGAGCUGAUCGCCAAGGAAGGGUUUAACCCGAUGGAUUACAUCAGGUUCUACAAUCUUCGAAACUACGAUCGAAUAAAUACCAAUAGCACCAUGCUCCAGGCGGAGAAAGCCAGUGGUGUAAAUUACGAGGAUGCCCGUAGAUAUCAUGAUGCUGCGGAAGUGGGAUACAGUAGCUAUUCCAAAGGAUACGACACCACUCAAUCGUACGAUCAGUAUCAGCAGGCAGCAAAGGCUCACCCAUCGGCGACGUCUGGCCGUUGGGACUCAGUCAGUGAAUGCUACAUGCUAGGUGGUCAAGAUAUCCGCAGCGUUCCGUGGGAUAGUGAUCUUCCUGAAAUUGACGCAUUCAUUACAGAGGAGUUGUACGUGCAUAGCAAGGUUCUAAUUGCCGAUGACCGUAUAGUUAUUUGUGGGUCUGCAAACCUGAACGACCGCUCGCAGCUCGGCACCCAUGAUUCUGAGAUUGCCCUUGUGAUUGAGGAUCCUACGCCACUCGAAUCUAGCAUGGAUGGCAAGCCCUGGCAGGCUAGUCGAUUUGCCGCAUCACUUCGACGCGAGUUGACUCGCAAGCACCUUGGCUUGCUCAGAGCGCAAGACUAUACGCAGCCUAAUGCCAACUGCGAGCCAGUCGGGGUCCCCAAUGACCUCGAUCUAAGCAGCCCAGAAAGUCAAGUGGUCGCCGAUCCUCUGUCGGAUACGUUCCAGAGCCUAUGGAACUCACGGGCUCGGACGAAUACGGAGGUUUUCCGCAAAGUAUUUAAUGUUGUGCCAGAUGACUAUGUCCGGAACUGGGAUGCCUACAAGGAAUUCUUUGAGUAUAAUUUCCGCAAAGCAGACAUCCAGGCAGAGGGUAAGCGAAUUACGCGGCCCAGCAAAUACGAAUGGGGCCAUGUUGUUCGAGACAACUUUGCACCUGGCCCUGAAGGGGCGCAGCAGGUCAAAGAGCAGUUGAGUCAGAUCAAGGGCACAUUGAUUGAGAUGCCGUUGAUGUUCCUGAUCGAGGAGGAUAUUGCGAAGGAGGGCUUGACCUUGAAUGCGUUGACUGAGGAUAUUUACACAUAGUUGAAUGGGUGACCCAGAUUGAGCAUGUAGACGAUCGUACCAGAAUGAAUUCCUUAUGAGACCUUGGAGAUGAAGCCACGCGAUGAUUAAUGCAGGUUCCAGAGUUCAAGAACAGGAGCCUGACAUCCAGUAAAUACGUAGAAAUGCAGCGGA